CUUCCUCAUACACUCAACCAGUCCCUUUUAAAAACCACAAUACCACCCUCACCUUUCCCCCCCACAACCCCCUCAAACAAACAAAAUCCCAAACGGAGAAAGAAAGAACCAAAGAUGCCCCCCCUCAAACUCCUCUGCCUGCACGGCUACACACAAUCCGGCCCCCUCUUCCACGCCAAAUCCCGCGCCGUGAUAAAACACCUCACCAAGACGCUCCUCCCCACAACCGGCUACACAAUCACAACGACCUACCCAACGGGUCCCAUCCACCUCCUCCCCUCCGACAUCCCGGGCUACGAGCCCUCCACCACACAAGGUGGCUCUACCACCAGCGAUGACACUCCCACCGAAGCCUACGGGUGGUUCCGACGCUCCUCGACCGCGAACCCACCUCUCUACACGGACCUGCACUUGGGUCUAGAGACGAUCGCGAAUGUGAUCAAGACGGAGGGGCCGUUUGAUGGUGUAGUGGGGUUCUCGCAGGGGGCGGCGAUGGCGGCGAUUGUGGCGGCGUUGUUGGAGCCCGGGAGGGAGGAGGUGAUGAGUAGGUUUGCGACGGAGGGGAGUGUGUUUGAGGAGAAUGGGGAGAAUGUUAAGGGGUUUGAGGUCCCGAGUGCUUGGUGGGAGUGUGUGAGGAGUGUUGGGCAAGGGGAGUUGAAGUUUGCGGUGUGUUAUAGUGGGUUUCGGGCGCCGGGGCCGAGGUAUAGCGGGUUUUAUGAGGGGGGUGUGAAGACACCUGUGUUGCAUGUGUUGGGGUCGUUGGAUGCGGUUGUGGAUGAGGGGAGGAGUAGGGCGUUGGUGGAGGUUACUGAUGCGGUGGAUGUGGAGGGGAGGGUGGUGGUGCAUCCUGGGGGGCAUUUUGUGCCGGCGCAGAGGCCGUAUUUGGAUGCUGUGGUGGGGUUUGUGAGGGGGGUUCUUGGGGAUGGUGGUAAUGGGGGGAAGAAGGAGAAGGAGGAGGUGGAUGUUAAUGAGAUGGAGUUGCCGUUUUAG